GACGUGAAGAUAAAUUUAACGAUUCGAUACAAUUUUGAAUAGUUUCGUUAUUAUUAACCGCAAACAAAAAAGAUAAGCACACGUCAUUAGGAAUUAGGGAUUGAUGCGUUAUUGACCAAUCUGGUGGUUUUUGCAAAGGUGGAAAGCACUAUGAAUGCUAAAGUUCAACUCCCGCUCCGCAUUAUCAAGCGUGUAGAUGCCCAUUUGUUUCGCGUGUUGACGAUGGCGUGAUUCAUGGCUUCCAUUGGAUGUAGAAUUUGUACCGGCCAAAUUCAACUAUUCCUUGUAAUUUCAUUCCUAAAUAUCAUACGCUAAGAAUAUUUUCUCUUUUUAUAUUUCGCGCUUGGCUCUUAGGAAUAGUCUCCCUAGCUUUAUCCUUUUUAAUGUACCGAAAGCCAUUUUUUUUGUGCAUGUUAUUUUCUUCUUUAGCAUGGCAGAACCAUUAAAAAUACACACACAUUUUCACAAACUCUUUGGAUUCUUGUUCAUCAGUUCACCCGUUGUUGCUGUUGGUAUGCCUUAUCCUCUCAUAUUCAUAUGAAUACUCAACGUGCCUAUUUCAAAAAUGAACGCGAUAUUUUGCUUUUGAAUUUACUCAAUACCUAAUUCAUCUACAUAACGCUAGGAGCUCGUGUAACUAGCAAAUAUUUCACAAUCCUUUCUCAGAGGCAUGCCCUUGUUACCAUAUUAAAUAAGCAACUGAAAUCGGAAUAGUUGUACACUGAUAAGUAAUAGGAAUGAAAAUUUAAUUUACAUUGACUGUUUGAAUACUUUUAGUUGACUGAUAAUCAGUCAAAUAUAUCUUGUUGUGGCUGCAAUUGUUAAGAAUUGCGCAGCAGAAGGAAGCGGUUAAAUACCAUAGCUACAGAGUAGAUGAAAACUUCUAUUUUAAGCAAAGGAUUUCUAACCUUUCCUUUAGCUAGUUGCACAUUAAAUAAACACGAAAAGGAUCGAAAACUUGAUGGCUUUUUGAAAUCCAAGUUAUUGUCUACAGCGAAUCCCCAUGCUGUGGUCUGUGAGGCUGACGGUUUUAAAAUAUUUGUCACUGAAAAGGAAAAGAGGUGGUUGCAUCCCAUUCAAAUGACAACAGGGGAAACUGUGAUCAACCUUUCUCAUCCAGCCUACGUUGGAAAGGAUGAAAAAGGGCAACGCAAUAUCUUCGUAACAAGUCGAGGGGACGUAAAACCGGACUACCUGGCAUCCGGUACCUGGGCAAGCGCUCGCGCUUUGUUUAACCAUCUUGAUGAAAACGAGUUACCUCUCCUGGGCUUGUCGAUGUCUAUGCACUAUUGGCUGACCUCGUUUAAGUUUUGCCCUCAAUGUGGCGGAGCUAACCAGCUUCGUGACUUGGGUGCCUCUUUGCAGUGCUCAUUCUGCCGUGUUGUGCACUAUCCUCAGGUCUCGCCAGCAAUAAUUGUGGCUGUGCUUGACGGAAGAGGCAAUGUGCUUUUAUCGCAACGCAAGAACCAAUCUUUCAAAGCACCUAAAAAUAAACCAAUAUAUACAAUUCUUGCGGGCUAUGUUUCGCCAGGAGAGUCACUAGAAGAUGUGGUUGCUCGAGAGGUAUUCGAGGAGUCUAAUGUCAUUAUUUCAGGACUGCGUUAUGCGGGCUCACAGCCAUGGCCCUUUCCUUCACAGCUUAUGGCAUGCUACUAUGCUGUUGCAAGCAAGAGUCCCAUGCUGAAGGCGGAUCAAGAUGAACUGCUUAGUGUAGCAUGGGUAUCCAAGGAAAACGUGCAAAAGGCACUCAAAGGUACACACCACGAGUUUUCUUUGCCACCUGUCUUUACAGCUGCAUAUGUGCUUCUUUCCUCCUGGGCUGAGGGGAAGGUGGAUGAUAUGGGUUAUCCUAGGUCUAAAUAGAGCUAAAUCCCACAUCCCCUCCCUUCUUCGUGCCAUAAUCUAGCGGUUCGUUUGUUCAUGUGUCUUUUAGUUUUUUUCGUCGUGUAAAAGGAAGAUACAUGUGAUGUAUUCUACAGGGGCUUAGUUCAUUUGUUUGUAUUACCAGUUAAGGACAUCAGCAUGGCAGGUUGAUAUUUUCACUUGUCUAUGUUAUUUACACAUCUUUUGUGUACGUAUUAUCACAGACAACAGCUUCCCAUUACUUGAAUAAUAUUGGAAAGACUCCAAUUUUCCUUGUCUCAAGAGCGGUAUUUCGAUCCGUGUCUAGUGAAAAAUG